ACCUUUUUUAUACCAAACAAAUCAAGCUUCAACUCCACUUUACCUGUGAAAAAGCUUCACUCAUUCAUUCAUGCAUCUCUUUUUUUUUCCUCUAAGAAGAACAAGAGAGUUGCUUGAAUUGAAUUGCCUCAAAACUCUUUGAUGUCUGUCCCAAAGCUGUUUCCUUUAACUUCUCUUUGUCUCCUGUUCUCGAAGAAGAGGAGCCUGUGAUAUAGAUUGAAGAAGCAAGUUAGAUUUAAAAAGGACAAUGCGGUUGUUUCCAUCGAAUUCGAGUAAGGGUCAGAGUAAUGGUGGAAGCAAUCGUGCUUUGUUGUAUCUCAAUGUAUAUGACCUCACACCUAUAAAUAACUACCUUUACUGGUUUGGGAUUGGGAUAUUCCACUCGGGUAUAGAAGUACAUGGUUUGGAGUACGGAUUUGGAGCGCAUGAGUACCCUACAAGUGGGGUGUUUGAAGUGGAACCAAGAAGUUGUCCUGGCUUCAUCUUCAGAAGAUCAAUAUUAUUGGGCAGCACUAACUUGUCUCGUUCAGAAUUUCGGUCACUUAUGGAGCAGCUUUCCCAGAAAUACCAUGGGGACACGUACCAUUUAAUUGCUAAGAAUUGCAACCAUUUCACCAAUGAAGUGUGCAUGCAGCUAACUGGAAAGCCUAUUCCUGGAUGGGUAAAUAGGCUGGCUCAAUUAGUUUCAGGUUCAUUUUGUAACUGUCUACUUCCAGAAAGCAUUCAGGUUACUGCAGUUCGACAUCUUCCUGAUCAUCCAGCAUAUUCCGAUGAUGAAAGAUCAAAUUCUGCUGCAACAUCUUUAACAGGAGAGAGCGAUGAAGAGGAUGCAGAUCAUCAUCUCUUGACUACACAAAAUGGUGAUGUCGCAUUUCUAAAAGAGAAGCCACUGAGGUUUGCCAAAGAACUCCUCUGAUUUUUCCUCCAACUAUAACUGUUUCUGUUGCGAGUCGUUCUACCAUGUGGUCCAAAAUGCCACACCGAAUAUAUCAGAGCGCUUCAAGGUACUGCAAUGACGCUGAUGACUUCCUUUUCAUUCUUAAAGCAUGAUAAUGCCCCAACUUAUUCCUUUACUAGUGUGACCAUUAAAGCCAAAUAUUUAGAUUCUGUAUUAUUAGUUGCAUUUCCUUUCUCCUUGUGAGGAAAUUAUAAUAAUUUUCUGGUUUCUUUUGUUGAUGGGACAUGAGUUCUUGGGUGUGUUUCUAGGUUAGUUUAAGCCAAAAGCCAUUGUUUAUAAUUGACAACAUUUACCGACUGAAGUAAGCUUCUUUUGUUUUGAA